CAAAAACAAGCGUCAACCAUUGACUGUGCCAUUAGCAAUUUUUGAGCUCUACACCAAAUUGAAAAUUAAAUCAAGCUAAAAAUCAAAGUCACUCAGAUAGACUUUUCAAAAUUGUCCGUAAGAAACCACUGGGAACGCGUGCUGAGGGUGGAAAGUCGCGCACCACCAGAACCAGGGAUGCAACGCGCCCGACGCGACGAGAUUAUGACAUUUUCGCUGUCAAGUAAAGUUACAGCUGUGUCGUCUGCUGGCCGCGAUUCUGAGCCUGUUAUUGUAAUUAAUUGAAAUUUGUACUUUUGGCAAUGUUCUCCACCACCACACACUCCGUGCCCUACCUGUACCUAGGCAACUUUAGCAGAAAGCCGCACUACUACUCUGUGAAUCGAACCAAGCUGCACGGGAGCGCUAGUGCGACGCGCUUCUCCAAGUCCACCCGGAGUCAUGACCUCGUGCUGGACCUGAGGAACCUGCUCAGUCGCUCGGGUGCCAGCUUACAGGGCAUGGUGGAGAAGGCGGCGCGACUGAACGGCAUUCUCGACCGGCAGCUAGUAAAUGAGGUGCUAGCCAAGGUAACCAGCAUGCUGCCCGCCAUGAGGGAUGUCCGAGUCACGCUAGAGGAGCCGGCCACACCGAUCGGUCGUGUCCAGCUGCAAAAUUAUCAGUUCGAAGUUUCGCUUACCGGAACAGCAGGUGCUCAGCUCACAGGCGCCAAUGUCAAAAUGAUUCCAACCAAAACGCCAGGUCUUCUGGGUCCGCUUUUCUCCCAACAUCAGCUAAAACACAUACGUGGCUUUAAGACGGAUCGCUCCAUUGAGGCGGAACAGAAGCGCAAUCCGACAAUGACCUCCCGGCUAAAGAAUGCGCUGGCCAACUCUCCCCAGCGGCUGGAGGGAGAGACACCUUUCCAGGCUGAAAAGCUGAGACGGCUGCUGGCCAAGUCCGAUGAUCAUGGAUACAAUAAUUCGGAGAACCUGAAGAUUGCCUUUGCCGAGGGAUACCUAGCCGCCGCCAACGCCGAAGAUUCUCCAAAAUCAGGAAAAACAAUGAAGUAUCUGAAGACUUUACAGACACUCGUCGUAGUCGUCGUUUUCCUUGGAAUAUUCCUGAGCUUCUUCACCACCUCCAAUGGAUCCGUCUUUCGCAGCAUCCAGCUGGGCAACCAGGUGGAGGUGGAUCCGGAGGAGAUUAACGUCACCUUUGAGGAUGUCAAGGGGUGCGACGAGGCCAAGCAGGAGCUGAAGGAGGUCGUUGAGUUCCUGAAGAGUCCCGAGAAGUUCUCCAAUUUGGGUGGCAAACUUCCAAAGGGAGUGCUCCUGGUUGGCCCCCCGGGCACUGGCAAAACCCUGCUGGCCCGAGCUGUCGCCGGUGAAGCAAAAGUUCCUUUCUUCCAUGCUGCUGGCCCGGAGUUCGACGAAGUGCUCGUAGGCCAGGGCGCCAGACGAGUGAGAGACUUGUUUAAGGCGGCAAAGGCCCGCGCCCCGUGUGUGAUCUUCAUUGAUGAAAUCGACUCGGUUGGCGCCAAGCGAACCAACUCUGUGCUGCAUCCAUAUGCCAAUCAGACCAUCAAUCAACUGCUCUCCGAAAUGGAUGGCUUCCAUCAGAAUGCCGGUGUCAUCGUCCUGGGCGCCACCAACCGUCGUGACGAUUUGGAUCAGGCUCUGCUGCGACCUGGUCGCUUUGAUGUGGAGGUAAUGGUGUCUACACCCGAUUUCACCGGUCGCAAGGAGAUUCUGUCCCUAUAUCUGACAAAGAUUCUGCAUGACGAAAUUGAUUUGGAUUUACUCGCGCGAGGUACCUCCGGAUUUACGGGAGCAGACCUAGAGAACAUGAUAAACCAGGCGGCUCUAAGGGCCGCUAUUGACGGAGCCGAAACGGUGAGCAUGAAACACUUGGAGACGGCACGCGACAAGGUACUUAUGGGCCCCGAGAGGAAGGCUCGCCUUCCAGACGAGGAAGCCAACACCAUAACCGCUUACCACGAAGGCGGUCACGCGAUUGUGGCCUUUUACACCAAGGAAUCGCAUCCUCUUCACAAGGUGACCAUUAUGCCUCGCGGCCCGUCACUUGGCCACACAGCUUACAUCCCUGAGAAGGAGCGCUACCACGUCACAAAGGCGCAGCUGCUGGCCAUGAUGGACACGAUGAUGGGCGGCCGUGCUGCUGAGGAACUUGUCUUUGGAACGGACAAAAUAACAUCGGGAGCCAGCAGCGAUCUCAAGCAGGCCACCUCGAUUGCCACACAUAUGGUUAGGGAUUGGGGAAUGUCGGACAAAGUGGGUCUCCGCACCAUUGAGGCGUCGAAGGGUCUGGGCACCGGCGACACCCUGGGACCCAACACCAUCGAGGCCGUGGACGCGGAGAUCAAACGCAUCCUCGGCGACAGCUACGAACGGGCGAAGGCCAUAUUGAGGAAACACACCAAGGAGCACAAGGCGCUUGCGGAGGCGCUGCUCAAGUACGAGACCCUGGAUGCUGACGACAUCAAGGCAAUACUAAACGAAAGCCAGACGUAGUUUUCCCAUCAGUGUAAAUUGGCGGAGUCAAAGGAUCUAGAGGGAAGACCAGGGGUGGCCUUCCAUCGGACAUUCAGCUGAACUGCUAAAUAUUUUUUUGUUACAAUAUAUAAAAAAAAAACAGAAAAAGAGCAAAGCAAGAGCGAGACGCAGACGGACAGUUAAGAAAUAAAAUGUUACACAUA